AUUCUCUUUCUCUAUAAAUACCAAAACAAAUUUGUUUUCUAUUAUAUUAUACAAUAAAGUCUAAUACAACACAGUCUCUUCUAAUAAGCUUUCCCUCCCUUCUCUUGCGGUCUCUCUCUUUGUAUAAUCAGUAGCUAAAGCUAAUCAAUUAAUGGCCUCUUCUCAAGCCAGUCUCCUCCUACAAAAGCAGCUCAGAGAUCUCUGUAAAAACCCAGUUGAUGGAUUCUCUGCUGGUUUGGUCGAUGAGAACAAUGUGUUUGAAUGGAGUGUUUCAAUUAUGGGACCCCCUGAUACCUUAUACGAAGGGGGGUUCUUUAAUGCCAUCAUGACCUUCCCGCAGAACUAUCCCAACAGUCCUCCUACUGUGAGGUUCACUUCAGAGUUAUGGCAUCCUAAUGUUUAUGCAGAUGGAAAGGUUUGUAUAUCAAUUCUCCAUCCACCUGGUGACGACCCAAAUGGUUAUGAGCUGGCAACUGAGCGUUGGAGCCCGGUCCAUACUUGCAUCUUGAUGAUGGGCAACUGUAAGGACAGACACUUGAAAUGGCUGCAGGACUUAACUGCACCAGCUGUUGAAAGCAUUGUUUUGAGCAUCAUAUCAAUGCUUUCUAGUCCUAACGAUGAGUCUCCUGCCAAUGUUGACGCUGCGAAACAAUGGAGAGACAGUAAGGAGGAGUUCAGGAAGAGAGUGGGUCGAUGUGUGAGAAAAUCACAAGAAAUGUUGUGAUCCAACAUAAUACACUUGCUGCAUGCUACUGAAAUCUUUAAUCAAGAGAAGGGAAUGGAGGACAUCAAAACAUAUAGUGAACCUUGUAACAUUCUAUAUAAUUUUCGUUAUUUAUCCUUUUUGUGCAUCUUUUGAGUGAUAAUUAUUAGUAUGAACUUGAAUUGCUUUCUCCAAAUCUCAGAAGUUUUAUUUUCUUUAAAUGAAUUGCAAUAAUAGUAUUCUUCUUCAGUUCA